AUGCCAAAAGAUUUCUCUAUCGACUACCUCCUCUCAGAUUUUCAAAGCGCAAAAGAAUCUAAACAAGAAGGCAUAGUCAAGCGAGAUGGCAUACGUUUUAAAUUGGAAGGAAUUGCUCUGUGGCGACGAUUUCAUGCACUUGGCACGGAAAUGAUUGUGACGAAAAGUGGUCGAAGGAUGUUCCCAGUGCUGAGUAUCUCGAUAAGCGGUCUUGAUCCCACAGCUAAUUAUUCCCUUAUGGUAGACAUGGAAUGCGUGGACAGCAAGCGUUAUCGCUACUCCUUUCAUCAAAGCAAAUGGACCGCCACUGGGCCAGGCGAGGCGGAGCUACCGUGUCGAACAUUUGUUCAUCCGGACAGCCCAGGCAGCGGAGCUCAUUGGAUGAAGGGCAGCAUCUCGUUUGAUAAAAUCAAACUCACCAACAAUCAACUGGAUCAGAAUGGACAUAUAAUCGUCAAUUCGAUGCACCGAUAUCUUCCUCGCAUACAUCUGGUACGACAUGCGGAUGAAAACGCUGAGAACGAGAUCGGCAAUAAGAAGGAUAGCAUUACGGUGACAUUUGAAGAGACCGCGUUCAUUGCUGUGACGGCAUAUCAAAAUCAUAGGAUCACCUCGUUGAAGAUCGAAUCGAAUCCGUUUGCAAAAGGUUUUCGUGAAUGUGAACUUGAUGAUCCUCGUAUUCUACCUUUUCUUUUGCCUUUUUAUAGUCUCACUUUGCCAUUCAGGAACACUUAAUGCUUGUUUUUAUG